AAGUUUAUACGUUUCUUUAAAGUCUAGUAAAAAAUGUAUACUACAUCUAUAAUAGAUAAUUUUAUCAUUAAGGUUACGACAUUAGCGAAUAACAAGUUAUAAAAGCUACAACUGAGUUAAUCAGAUUUAUUCACAGAAGAAAAAUGGUUCGUGCGUGGUACAUGGAUAACAGCGAUGCCGAUCAACGGUUAGAACACCAUAAACAACUACCUGAAUAUAUUUCUCUUGAGGAUUUGUUUAAGAAAACAGGUGUUGAAUAUUUUAAGAUUGAUUACAAAAACUAUCAAAAUGAUAAUACGUUGACAGUAUUGAAAGCAGAACGUGGUUAUACAUACGAAGACGAAAUAGAAUGUUCUAAGGAAUGUCUCCCGAAUUACGAGGAAAAAUUAAAAAAUUUCUUCACCGAACAUCUUCAUACUGAUGAAGAAAUAAGGUUAGUUUUGGAUGGAACAGGAUAUUUUGAUGUUAGAGACAAGAAUGACCAAUGGAUACGUAUUGAAGUUAAAGCUGGAGAUUUGAUAAUUAUUCCAAGUGGAAUAUAUCAUAGGUUUACCUUGGAUAUUAAAAAUUACAUCAAAGCAAAACGUUAUUUCGUGGGCGAACCUGUUUGGUUGCCAUACAAUAGACCAGCUGACGGCAUGGAAUGCCGUAAAAAUUACCUAAAUCGUUUAAACAAUGGCUUUCAAAUAAAGUCUCUUUAAUGUUUGUUAUAAACUUUAUGGAAAUAUAUAUUUUGUGGGAAUAGCAGAUUUAUAUACAAAUUCCAAUUGUGCAAAAUUUACAUAGAUUUAGAUAGUAUACAAUUAAAUUCACAUUCCUGCCUAUCAUGAAAAAUACAUUUUUCUGAAAUUGUUGUAUCACUAAAACAUUCAAUUUUUAUAAAAUGAAUGUAUAAAUUUCAUAAAAUUUAUCAAUUGUUAUUAAAGAUAUAAACUUUUCACAU